CUCUCAAAUCUUUCAUUUUGCCAAAAAUUCAAAAUAUAAACCAAUAUGAGCUUCACCUCUUCUUAUCUUCAAGCGAGUCACCAAAUGGUGGUCGGAGCAAAAUCACCCAUGGAUCGUCGCCGGAAAGCACUUGAGAGAGUAGAUAAAGAGCUCUCAAGAGGCAAGUACGACACUGCCCUCUCUCUCGUCAAGCAACUAAAGGGCAAACAUGGCUGCCUCUCUGCCUUCGCCUCCGCCAAAUUGCUUCCAAAGAAAUCAUCAGUGUUGAAUACAUUGGAGGGGUUGAUCGAUUCAGUCUCCAGAAGUUUUGAACCUGUUUCUGAUGAACCGAACUCAGUAAGAAAAUUUCAAGAGCACAAAGCUAUAACUUCUCUUUCUGAAGAAGAUUGGUUCGCUGUUGUUCAGCAUGAAUCAGGCCAUUUUUUGGUUGGUUACUUGCUUGGAGUUCUUCCAAGACGCUAUGAAAUACCAAAUUUGGAAGAUAUAAGAGAUAAUGUAGCCAGUAUAACCGGAAGAGUAGAAUUUGUGGGCUUCGAGUUCCUCAAACAAGUUGGUGCUGCAAACCAAUUUAUGAAAGAUGAUGUGAAUCUUUCGGUUUCUCAAGGCAAUAUAUCAUCCAAGACACUGAACAACUUCUCAUGUGUGAUACUUGGAGGAAUGGUAGCAGAACACAUGCUAUUCGGAUACUCGGAAGGUUUCUACGCCGACGUUGUCAAGUUGAACAGUGUUCUGCAAUGGCGAGGGUUCACAGAAAUGGAAAAGGCAGUUCAUAUCAGAUGGGCGGCUUCGAACACUGUAUCUUUGUUACAUUCCUACAAUGAAGCAAGGGUUUCACUUGCAGAAGCAAUGGCCAAAGCCAAACCGAUUGGUACUUGUAUUGAAGCCAUUGAAUCUGCGUUUUCUAGACAUUAUAUGUGAACUUAACUUUGUAUACGAAUCACUUUAGCUCCCUCUUAAUAGACACUGUAUUCGUUUCUGGAUUUGCAAUCACCCAAUUUAAACAACAUUUUUGUUUUUUUUAUCGAAAC